AUGGACAGGCUGUUUGAAAGCCUGCUCGAGGUUGAGGACACGAAGCUUCUCUGGGAGCAGCUGACCCAUGCCCUGGUCUGUAGACACUGUGGCAGCAACUGCCUCCAGAGUCCAGGAAACCUGGGUCUAUCAUUUCUGUAUCAGAUGGCUUUUCUUGAUCACUUGUGGAAACAAAAGUCAGAAGAGGAAGAUGAGGAAGAAGAGGAAGAGGAAAAAGAGGAAUCUGUGUAUCUACUGAAGCCAGGCUGUCUACCCAAAGAAAAUCCUGUUGGACAACAGGCCACCAUAGUCCCAUCCCAGUCAUUCUGUGGUUCUGAAGGCCUCCACAAGGGCACAAGGACACCAAAACAAGUACUAAUGCAGACCCCAAGUAGAUCCUUCCCCACCUUUCAGACCCUUAUCAACCUACCUGUAAGGUAUAAGACAACACCUGGGAGCCAUCUACUGCAGAGAAAAAGCCAGCUCUACUGGGGUCUCCCCUCACUACACAGUGAAUCCUUGGAGGCCAUCUUUCUAAGCUCAGAAGGCUCCUCUCCCAGGAAGUUGUCUGUUAGUCCUUCUGUUUUAUUCAACAAACUUAUCACCAUGUCUAGUUCCAACUUGCUUUCACAGUACUGCUCCCUAACCCAGCUUCCAAACCUCAAAGAUGUAGAAGGGACAGCCCCUGAUCCUCAGCAACUCUCCUCACCAUCUUUCCCUCCUGUCCCAUUACUUCCUCUUCAUCUUAAACUCUAUCCCACGGACCACAAAGAAGUCCUAUGUGUCACUGAGCAGAGAAGGGUUCCAAGGGUCUCUGAGGAUCAAGUCUUGCACUCACAGCUUAACCUUCAAACAACCACACCCUCCAAGCUCCCCUAUUCAUCUGAGGUCUCCUGGGAGGUUACACGUGAUCCAAGUCUCCAACAUAUUCCAGAUCUACUCUCUGCCUCUCUGUUCUAUCCCUCUAGUCAUCUGGAAACCCUGACCAGGCUUCAGUCCCCAAGGAAAACAAAGGAACAAAGUGAGAAUCCCAAAGUCUCCAAUCCACCAAGAUUAGCUCCCAGCUCAUUUACAAAUUCAUGGCCAGAAUUCCAGGGAACUACUUCUAUAAAAGGUCUAUUUGGAUCUCAUGUUCUCUGGGAAACCAAAAGGCAAAAUGACAAUCAUCAGAUGGUUGGGCCUCCAAUCCUGGCCUCUUGCCAACCUAUAGCCCCCAUUUUGGAACCUCAAGAAACUAGUCACCUGGGAAUUCCUCCUCCUACAGAUGAGACUAGGUGGACAAGCAUAGGACAUACAGAAAAUCCUCAAACCCCAGAGUCCCCACUGCUAGCCCAAUGUUAUCAUCUGGAUUUUCUGUCAGAACUCAACAACAUCAGCCCCGAAGGCAGACUUUUUGCACCUAUAGAAUCCUGGGGGCACAGAGAGAACCCUCAGUCUUCUGAGUCUCCAUUACCAGCCCCAGCUCCUCCAAACCUCCAGUCUGGAGUUCAGGAAGACAGCCCCCUGGGAGAUUCAACUGGGUGUAAAUCCCAGGAAGCAUGCAGAGAAAACUCAGCAAUCCCCUGGGACUUUGAGCCCCCACCCUUGGACCUCAACCUCAGGUUCUCUACAAAUAGGCCUGUAUGUUCCCCUUUAGGAACUGAGACUCUAUUAAAGGGCAUGCAGAGUCAAAAAAAUGUUUGGAUCUCUGCAAACUCAGUUUCACCUCCCAGUCUUCUCUCAGUCCCCACACUGGACUCCCUAGAAAAGAUCCCCAAGAAUCUGUUUGAGUCCAAAGCUUUACAGAAGACCGAGGGGCAGAGAGAGAACCUCUGGACCUUGGAGUCCUCAGCACCUAGCCACAACCUACCUCUAGCUCCUGUCCUGGAACCCCCCAGAAUCAACCCCAUGGGAGGUCUCCCUAAAUCAGAUACUGCAUGGAAGGGCUAUGAACAUUUUAGGAAUUCCUGGGCUUGUCAGCUUCCAACUCUGGCUUUCAGUUCACCCCCAGUUCUUGUACUGGAGUCCCCCUCAAUUAGACCAAUGGGGAUUCAGUUUGAUUCUGAUAGAUGUGGAGUUACACAUAGAAAAAAUUCUUGUGCCUCUGAGCCUCUUGCUUCUAAUUUACCCCAACAUCCAUAUGCCACGCCCUUGGGACUAUCAGAUUUUGAGCCUGUUUCAGGAGACACGGAGCAGAAAGAAAUCUGUUAUGUACGUAUGUCCCAAUUGUGCGGCCUCAGUCCAACCUAUAACACUAUGUCAAAGUUUCACAGAAGUGAGUCUACUGGAGAUAAACCCAACCAUAAGCUUGAGGGGCCAGCAGUGGAACAGGAGAACUGGGUUCCAGUCCCCAACUCAUUUUCUGCUACUUCAUCAAAUGCAGGUGACAAUGACCUUGGGUUUAUGGGGAAGAAUGCACGAUUCAAAGAAUUUCCCCUGAGUCCCAGUCCUCCGACAGUCAAUUCCCUGCAGUCUCCCUGGUCUCCCAUUCCUGAGGUUCUAAGAAUUGAACCUGACCAGAGUGACCCACCCAAGAGAGGACUACCCCCAGGAGCUAAGAUGGAGGCUUUACCCUCCCAGGGAGAUGGUCCACAGGUGCCCAAACUGCUUAGGAUCCAAGCUUGGCAUUGGAGUAGACAGAUGGAACUAAGGCUGCAGAAACUGCAUCAAAGACCUAUGUCUAGAUUCCCUGACUCGAGUCGACUUGUCAGCCCCCCUGCCCUGGGCUCAACGCUAGGAACCUGUGGACUUCCUUCCUGGUCCCCACAGCAGACUCAUCCCCUCAUCCUACACCCCCACUCUCCAAGUUACCAAUCCUUGCAAAGUCAGAGCACAGGAACUCAGCCUGUCCAGGUUUCUCCAUGUCUUCACUCUCUCAUCUCUCCUCAAGCUCACGUGGAAGGGCAUGGAAGAGCAGAAAAGGAACUUCAGACAGGGGAAAAAACGAGAGGAAAGGCAACAGCUGAGGUGUCACCUCAGGGGCCAGUUCACAAGAAGGCUGGAAAGAACUGCCAGGGCUUGGGAAAGCUCUCAAACCUUGAGGUGCCAACAUCAAGCAAGAGAAAAGACAAAGCUUCAGUACAAUCUCUAGCCCAAGAGAGAGAGAACCCCAAGAAAACCAUAGCAAGAGAUCACAGGGGAGGAGAUGCAGGAUUAGGGUCACCCAGAAUUACAGGGAAGAGGCACACAACCCAGACCUCUGUCUGCAGACCUUCCCCAAGAUAUUCACACAGACACCAGUGCUGUCAAUACACUGCUUUCCUCCAGCAGCUUCACUCCAAGGCUACAGGUCCCCAAGAUCAGCGAGGGGCAAAGACGGAAGCUGGUGACAUUCUGACCCCUUGGCAUUGUAAGUUCUGCCCUCAGGCCCACAUGGAGAAGCAGGUGGUCUCCACACAUCAGACUGCCUUUAGCAGGGGUCUUCAAAGGGUGUUAGCCAAGUUUGUGGUCCUUCAGAUUGUGAAAUCUACAACCCUUAUUCAACAUAAAACCAAGACAGCCCAGUACUUUCAGGGAUCAUUUCUACAGUUCAUUACUAGAAGUUUCUCUAAUCUUGUAGCGCACCCGAAACCACAAGGAGGAGCCAGAGCAUCCUCUCCUGAGGAUGAAGACUGUUCUAGGUCUGUUGCAGCUGCCUUUUACCACUGA